AAACAUCUCACUUAUUUUUAAAAUCGGUGAAAAUCUGCUUCACCAAGAACAAUUAUUUAUCUUAAUUUUGGUUAGUUUAGAGAAGAUUAAGAUGUGAAUAUCAGCCCAUUCAAUGUAUAAAUAGAUCCAUUAGGGUUGCAAUAGAAACCCUAAGGAUGGAUUCGUCAAAGUCCAGAAGGCCUGCAAAUAAGGUCAUCAUGUCUCUACUGCGCACAAAGACCAAGAAAUUCUGUGAUGGGAUGAUCUUUUUUGGAGGUGGCAUGGCUGCCCUGUUUUUAUGUUGGAGUCUAUGGAGGAUUUGCUCUGUCGGUAUCAUUUCAAUGCCCCUUAUAGGGUCUAAUACAUCUUCUCAAUUAAGGGUUUUGAAGAACCCAAGUAGCAUUGUAGUUCAACAAAACCCUAGAGAGAAUGUGGGUCUGAAAAGUGAAAGUGGUCUUGAAAAGAAGCAAGAAUUACAGUCCAGGGACGAAGAUGGAGAUCAGUUGUUUGAGAAGGAAUGGGAAAGAAGUGCUGAUAAUUUCUAUGCAGAUUCUGAUUUCAGUUACAGUGUGGGGAAAACCAUAAAGAAUUGGGACAGAAAGAGAGAGCUAUGGUUGAAAAUGCAUCCCCAUGUGAAGAACUACACUAAAGGAGGAAACCCUAGAAUCUUGGUCCUGACUGGUUCUCAGUUUCAGCCUUGCAAGAACCCUAAAGGGGAUCAUCUUCUGCUGAGGUUCUUCAAGAACAAGCAGGAUUACUGCAGACUCCAUGGCUUAGAUUUGUUCUACAACAAUAUUCUCAUCCAUCCACAGAUGAUAACAUUCUGGGCCAAAAUCCCAUUGGUAAGGGCAGCCAUGGUGGCUCAUCCUGAAGCAGAAUGGAUCUGGUGGAUUGACUCAGAUGCCAUCAUAACAGAUAUGGAGUUUGAGCACCCCCUGGAGAAGUAUAAGGACUAUAACAUGGUUGUUCAUGGAUGGGAGAAAGAUGUUUAUGUGAAGAGAAGCUGGCUUGGUGUGAAUGCAGGUGUAUUUCUUAUUAGGAACUGUGAAUGGUCCAUGGAUUUCAUGGAGAGGUGGUCUGCCAUGGGGCCACUGAGUCCUUUGUAUGUUCCAUUUGCUAAGAUUUUAUCUGAUGUUCUUCCUGACAGAGCUGUGACUGAUUCAGAUGAUCAAUCUGCUCUAGUUUAUCUCAUGAUCAAGGAAAAAAAAAGGUGGGCAGAUAAGAUUUAUAUAGAAAAUUCUUACUUUUUCCAGGGGUAUUGGCUUGAUGUGGUGAGGACUUAUGAGAAUGCUAGCAAGUGGUAUAAGGAAAUGGAAAAUGAAAAUCCAGUAUUGAAAAGAAGAUAUGCAGAGAAAAGUGGCCCAAUGUACAGGAAGAUGAAAGAGUACUAUUUGCACAAGAGAGGAGCAGGGAUUUCACAGAGGAAACCUUUUGUAACUCAUUUUACAGGGUGCCAACCAUGCAGUGGAAAUCGUAAUAAAAUAUACAAGGCAGAAGAUUGUCUGCAGGGAAUGGAGAGGGCUUUGAAUUUUGCAGAUGAUCAGGUGCUCAGGAUCUAUGGCUUCCAAAGACAUGGGCUUCUCUCAUCUAGAGUCAGCCCUAUUGCUUUCUCUAAUUAGUAGAGAAAUUCAUUAUGAUUUGCUUGCAAUUGGCUGAACUUAUACUUUUAGGUAGCCUGUCAAAAGCCUCCAGCCUUGCAUUCUAUGUGAUUGUGCUUUAGGAGGAAGGAGGAAGUAGUAAAAUGUAGAUCAAUAUCAUGGGUAGACAUAUAGAGCCCAAUAUUCUUUUACCAGUGCCAUACAAAUCUCUCAUUCCAUUCAUUAUACCAAUUAUUUUAUCAAUAAUUCACUAUGUUCAUUGUAUAUA